AUGGCUUGGCAUUAUCUAAAUUAUGAUAUAACACAUAUUUUUCUGACGUUCACCUAUAUGGUACUGGGUGCAAUCACAGUUUAUGCAUGGUACUACAGACCAACAUCAAAUGUUUCUCCAAUUCAAAAGUUAUUUUAUCCAAUUUUAUUAUUAGGUGUUUUGGUUAGAGCAGUUUUUAUGUUGAUGCAACCAUGGAUUAGAGAAAGUGAUUUGCAAAUACCGAAUCAGGCGAAUAUCGUAAUGAAUACGCUGCCUUCAUUUUUAUUUUUUAGCAACUAUCUCAUUGUGCUGUUCAUUUGGACAGAGAUGUACUUGAUUUUCAAUGGUGGAUCGAUGAUUCUCGUACAUAGAUUGCCAGUGAUUUUCAACUUGAUAGCAACACUGAUGUAUGUCACCAUCAUUGUUUUGUACGCCUUGGACUUUGCAUUGUAUCCACUCCAAUAUAGAACGGUCUCACAGUUCUCAGAGACCGUGGAAUACAUCAUCGGUUAUUACGAUGGAAUUUGCUUCAUUGUUUUGGCACUGGCAUUUGCCGGUCUCGGACUGUGUUUGGUCAUCAAAUUCCGUAGACCUCAUCAAAAUUUCACAGAGGACAAGAGAAAGAUCAUUUUGAAGCGUGUCUCAUUGGUUUCACUCCUGGUAGUCGUUUGUUUCAUAAUUCGAGCAUUCAUUACACUUUUCGCUGUCAAUAGAUUCAAUUUAAUUUCAGGUAAUUGGUGGUGGUUUGAUGGAAUAUAUUUCUUUGGAUUUGAAGUAGUACCAAUUGCAAUCAUGUUGUAUUUGUUGAGAAUGAAUAAUUCCAACAGUCAAUCACCGAAUCAUCAUAUCCACUAUUCGACAAACACCAAAAAGCAAGAUUUCGUUAAACCAAACGAAUACACACAAUUAUUACAUCCAUAA